CUCACAUCUGCAGAUCAUGGUGGUCGUUGCGUGCGGUAGCCUCCCAACCUCGCACUUCAUGAUUCAUCUCCUCCGACUCAUCCAAAUUGUUUCAUGAGAACGCGCAUUGCGUAAAGUUGGCGUCUCUUCCUGCUUCCUUCUGCAGGCUGGUGGCGUCAUUCCUGAUGCCUGGCCAUGCUGGGCGAUGACUUGUAUGAGCUGGUGGCCGUAUCGCAGCAGCGGCCCCGGCAGGCGGCCAUUCACACUGCAUUUGACCCCAGCGAGGAGCUGCUAUGGACCGCCACCGACCAGGGGUGCGUCCAGGCGUCGCUGUGCCCCGGGCUGGAGCGCUACACGGUGUGGAGCAGCUUCCCGGUGGGCCACCCCGUGGUGGGCCUGCUGCCCACUGCAGCGGGGGUGCUCUCCGCCAGCAGCGACACCCUGCGCAUGCACACGCGCGGGGGCGUGCCGCUGCUCAGGAUGAGAGACCCCGCGCUGGCGGGCACCACCUGCUGCGACUGGGAGCGCUCGGCCGCAGGGCAUGUGGUCCUGGGCCUCUCCCCCCAGGCGGAGGGCACUCGCUCCACCGGCAGCCCCCCCAUGGCACUGGUGGACCUUACAGCGCAGCGUGUUGUUGCCACUGCCCCUGGCGGGGGGGGCGUGACAGCGCUGCGGUCGGCAGGGCGCCUGCUGGCAUGCGGCGGCAGGACCGGGGAGCUGGUCCUGCGGGACGCACGGACCUUGAGGGCGGAGCAGACCAUCGCAGCGUUUGCAGGCGCGGUGGCGUGCGUGGACCUGAAGGAUGUCACUGUGGUGUGCUGCGGGCUGACUGCCCGGCGCGGCGCGGUGUACUGCGACCCGCUGGUCAAGGUGUUUGACAUGCGCCAGGCGGGCCGGGCGCUGCAGCACCUGCCCUUCGCUCCCGGGCCCACUCGCCUGCGCUUCCACCCCAAGUUCUCCUCCACGCUCCUGGUCAUCGCCGCCUCGGGGGCGGUCAUGCUCUCGGACGUGCAGGGCGGCGGCGGCAACUUCAAGAACUACCAGGUCGACUGCGAGGGGGAUGCCCUACUCUCCGCUGACAUCAGCAGCUCGGGUGAAUCCCUGGCGUUCGGGGACGGCGGGGGUUUCGUCCACCUGUGGUCCGCCCAAGCCGCGCCCCGCGUAAACCUGUUCUCGGGGCCCACGGAACUACCCGAGCUGCACGCGCGCCCGCCUACAAUCAGCCUGCGCGAGGGGGACUCGUUUGCGGCGUUGCCCCAGUUUCCAGCCGGGGACGAGCUGCCGCUGUCGGCGUACGACCCCACGGCCACGCUCAAAGUGGGCAUGGCGCCGCGCAUCGUGGACCCCUCCCUCCUUGACAAGCUCAACCAGGUGGACUUCGUGGGCUACGUGGUGAACCCGUUCUUCCGGCGCGGCGCUGCGCACGGCGAGGCUGCGGCUGCGCUGGCAGUGGUGCGCAACCGGCGGCAGGCGCGGCGCAGCGAGCGGCCGAGCAGCGCGGAGGGGGGGGUGGCAGCGCUGGCGGCGGCGGGGCGCGAGCGGGUGGGGCGGCGUGUGCCCAAGGGGUACCGCUACGUGGAGAUCAAAGCGAGCGCGGCCAAGGUGAAGUUCGAGGAGUUCGACUUCAGCUACUACAACAGGACGCGCUUCGCGGGGCUCGAGAACGACAUGGCCAACUCCUACUGCAAUGCGCUGCUCCAGGUGCUGUACUUCAUUCCCGCGGUGAAGGUGGCCGUGAGCGGCCAUGUGUGCCUGCGCGAGUUCUGCCUCACUUGCGAGCUGGCGUUCAUCAUGCACAUGCUGGACCUCGCACAGGGCGCCACGUGUCAGGCCUCCAACCUGCUGCGUGCACUGCGCCAGUUGCGAGAAGCAGUCGCUCUCGGCCUGGUCGAGGGGCCCGACGAAAUUGGGGCCAAGCAGGAGCAGGACGUGUCGAAGCGCAUCCAGAGCCUGUCCCGCUUCCUGCUGGAGCAGCUGCACAAGGAGGCCGGCCUCACCGCGCCCACCGCCACGCUGGCACCCCCCGACCAGCCCGCGCCAGGUACCUCGAUCACCGACCAGAUCUUCGGGGCGACCCUCCGCACCAGCGCCAAGUGCCUGAAGGUGGAGCACGCGCUCACGGAGCGCGAGGUGCGCACGUUCCACGUGGAGCUGCAGUACCCGCAGCGCCCGCCCGCGCCGGGGGAGGCCUGGCCCCGCUUUGCGGCCAUUCUGGAGCGCAGCCUGGCGCGCCAGGAGGACAUCCGCGCCUGGUGCCCCGUCUGCAAGGCGUACCAGCCCCUGCAGCAGCGCAAGUGGCCCGUGAGCCUGCCCUCGGUGCUGGUGCUCAACGCCGGCAUCCGCACCGCGCACGAGCUAGCGUUUUGGCACCCCGACUCGCCCGCCGGCCCCACAACGCCAAGCGUCGCAGCGGGUGGCCCCGCGCUGGGCCGCAGUGAGAGCGGGAAGGAGGUGGUGGCGGGGAGCCCGCAGUGGCUGCCCAUGCAGAUCGGCGUGCACGCGGACCAGGACGGCAGCUCUGUCACCGUCACGCAGGACCUUGAUGGGCCCCUGUCGAGCAGCGCGGCGGCGGUUGCGGCCAUCCAGGCUGCCAAGGAUGCGGACGCAGCAAGCGGCGGGGCGCCAGAGGCGACUCCUGGCGCGCGGUAUGAGCUGACGGCGCUGAUUGCCGUCAUCCAGGAGGAGCUCGCGGCCGUGGCCGCUGACGUCAAGCAGCGCUCCCCGCAGCACCUCGUGGCGCACGUCAAGAUUCCGCCCAUGCAUGCCGACCGUGAGCUGCCCCUAGCCGCGUCGCCCUCCCUGAGCUUGCCCCACGGGCCCGCCUCUUUCCGCGCCAUGGCCCGCUCCACCUCCCCGGGGGCAGCCGCUUUGCUCGCGGCGGUAGGGGGCAGCCCCCUUGCGCCAGGCCGCGGCUUUGGUGUCGCGGGCGCCAGUCCUGGGCGGGGCGGCGCAGGCGAGGUGGCCACCCCGGGGUCCGUGGAGCGGCAGGGCAGCCAGGGCCGGGGGGGGCUGCCCUCCGACUGGGUCCUCUUCAACGACUUCUGCAUCACGCCCACCACCGCGCAGGAAGUUGUGACAUUGUACGGGCAACACAAGGUGCCGUGUCUCCUGUUCUACACCCGGGUCGACGCCCCGCCCCUGGUCCGCGCCCCCUCCAGUGCUGCGCCCGCCAGCCCGGGCACCCCGGUGACGCCCCCCCGCCCGCUGGCGCCCCUCGUCAGCGCCACGCAUGCAAGCCCCAUCGACGAGGCGCUGUUCACCACCCUCAACGACGAGACGCGCCAGAAGCAGUGGCGCUCCUUCGUGCCCUUCGAUCUCCCCUCCGAGGCGCCCCGCGCAGGCCUGCUGCUGGGCAUCGACGCCGAGUUCGUGGCGCUGGCCCCCGCGGAGACGGAGCUGCGCGAGGACGGCAGCGCAGCCGUGCUGCGGCCCGCGCGGCUGGGUCUGGCGCGCGUGAGCGUCGUGCGCGGGGAGGGCGAGCGCGCGGGCGGCGCGUGCAUGGACGACUACAUCCGUGCGGUGGAGCCGGUGUACGACUACCUGACACGCUACAGCGGGCUGCGGCCGGGGGACCUGGACCCGGGCGUGAGCGCGCACCACAUCACGACGCUGAAGAAGGCGUACCUAAAGCUGCGCUACCUGGUGGACACGGGGUGCCGCUUCGUGGGGCACGGCCUGAAGAAGGACUUCCGCAUGAUCAACCUGGUGGUGCCGCCCGAGCAGAUCGUGGACACGGUGGAGCUGUUCCACCUCAAGCGACAGCGCAAGAUCUCGCUGCGCUUCCUCGCCUCCUACCUCCUCAAGCUGGACAUCCAGAAGGAGACGCACGACAGCAUCGAGGACGCGCGCACCGCGCUGCGCCUGUACGCCAUGUACAAGCAGCUGGUCGCGGCCGGGGAGUUCCAGGACAAGUUGCUAGAGAUCUACAAAUACGGGCGCAAAUAUGGAUGGGAGGUUGGCGGGAUUACAGCAGAACGGACGUUGGUUACCGAAGUUCGAACACAAAGUGUAUACUAGUGAGUACAUAUCUCGCUCGUGUCCAUCCUGCGCGACAUGCAUGGUAGUCUGCACGCCACCGCGGACGCCGGAGACGCAGCUGGCACAGACAGGGUCACAUGCAGCCGAGCCUGCAUAACGGUCUACAGACCAAUGAUUUCACGUGCUUACAAGCACGUGAGAUUACAUGAUGAGCUCAACGGUUGCACUAAGCAGAUAGGUAGCCAGGGUAGGUCGGAGUCCUGAAUUCCAUGGUCAAAUAAGGCGCAUGGGGUAGUUGGAU